CCCCGGCCGGGUCGCUGGGCGCCGCCAUAUCGCGCCCGCUCCGCUCGGCAGCUCCCGGCCCCGCCCCGCCCCGCCCCGGCCCAGCCAUGUCCGAGAGCUACGAUUUCCUCUUCAAGUUCCUGGUGAUAGGAAGUGCCGGUACCGGGAAGUCCUGUCUCCUGCAUCAGUUUAUAGAGAAUAAAUUCAAGCAGGAUUCCAACCACACCAUUGGGGUGGAGUUCGGGUCCAAGGUGGUGAACGUCGGUGGGAAAACGGUGAAACUGCAGAUCUGGGACACGGCCGGACAGGAGCGGUUCAGGUCGGUGACACGCAGCUACUACCGCGGAGCAGCCGGGGCCCUGCUGGUGUACGACAUCACCAGCCGGGAGACCUACAACACGCUGACCAACUGGCUGACAGACGCCCGGACCCUCGCCAGCCCCAGCAUCGUCAUCAUCCUCUGCGGGAACAAGAAGGACCUGGAUGCGGACCGGGAAGUGACCUUCCUGGAAGCCUCCCGCUUCGCGCAAGAGAACGAGCUCAUGUUCCUGGAGACGAGCGCGCUGACCGGGGAGAACGUGGAAGAAGCUUUCUUAAAAUGUGCCAGGACCAUACUGAACAAAAUUGAAUCAGGUGAGCUGGACCCCGAGAGGAUGGGCUCAGGCAUCCAGUAUGGAGACACCUCCUUGCGCCACCUGCGACAGCCCCGCGGGGCUCAGCCGCAGAGCAAGCAGCCGUGCGGGUGCUAAGCGCGAAGGCCCCAGGAGUCUGUCUGCAACUCUGUGCCAUGGCCAGCCGGGCCCCCGGGCUGAAGCACUUUCUCUUCUCUUCUCUUCCCAGGACCACGUGCCCCGCGCGCUGAGCCCCCUGCUUGCCGAGCCGUGCGGCCCGCGAGCCCUGGGCCUCUGGCAAACUGCCCGUUUGAUUGUAUGCAGCCCCGGCGGCGCCUGCCGGCCGCUCCCUGCCCGCUGCUUGGCCCCCUCGACCCGAGGCUGGCACGGGCCUGGCUCAGCGAUGCCGGAACGGGGCCCCGGCCAGCCUCCCGGAGCUAACCGCUGCUCUGGGUAGGAGAGUCCCCCGGGAUAGCGCCAGGACGAGGGGGGAGCGGCUUCUCCUUGGGAGCUGGCUCGGUGGGGUUGUCUCCUGCUGCCCCGUUGCUCGGAGCUAGGCAGGUGGGGGGUGUCUUAGCCUGGGGGCUGCCUGUCACACAUGGGAGCAGGGGAGCGGUUCCCUGCAGCGUGCGGCUGGCCGGGCGCUCUAGGCUGGGCUGGGAUUUCUGUUACACUGGUUUUGCUUUUGAAGCUGGGGUCUGGCUCCGCCUCGUCUCGCUGCUUUUCAGCCAGCCAGGCAUUGCGCUUGUGAGCACUGUGCUUGUGACGUCUGCCCUGCCCCGGGCGACGUGACGUUCCGGGGGGACAGACGGACAGUCGGGGCUGGGCGGACUGCACUUCCCCUUUGAAAUACUGGAGCUGAACACUGGACCACUGGCGGGUGGGGCCCUCCUGUCUCCGGGACUCUGACUUCGCCGGCAGCUGCUCUCGGAGGGUUGAGUCUGGUGCAGUGCCCGUGGCAGGAGCCGUUGGGUUUAGUCCCAGCUCCUGCGGGAGGUUCCCUCGGGCUCCGCGGCUCGGGCGCUGAAUCCCUUGGGCGGGCGCGGGGAUCUGGGUUUGAAAACCCCACGGCAGAUGUAACAGCACAGACGCAUCUCAAACCAAGCCGCCUACCGGGCAGGAAAGGCCAGGUCUCCUGAGCUGGGGUAACAUGCCGGCAGCACCUUCCCCUCGGGGGGGCCGGUUCGAAUCCGGCCCCGCUGGGUCCAGACCUACGGUCAAAUUCUCAAGAGUGCCGAAGCGACACACUCCAAAGGCCUGUUGAAAGCCAAUAGGAUCUGGGGUCCUAACUCACCUAGUGCUCUGAAUGUUAACCGCCUCUGGCUCAGCCGGCUGAGAGGGGCUCGCCCUGGGCAGAGUCUGGCUGCAGCCAUCACUGACUCUGGCCCACGGCUGUAGGGUUGGAUUUGAGGUGGUGACAGCGGCGUAAAGCCUCCCUGAACAGCCAGAGCCCGUCUGCUUUGUCCUCAUGCUGCCCCUCGCCUGCGCCCCUUCCCCAUCCCUCUCGCCGCCUCCGGCAGCAGUGAUCCCUGGCCCCCUCGGCUGGGCUACGGCCCUGCGGUCUCUCUCCUGAUCCUUGGCCCAGAACAUCGCACGACCCACACAGCCCUCCUGUGACACUCAAUGGGCUGCCCGCGGGCCACCUGUGGCCCUUCCCGGCUUCCUGGGGGCCGCUAGCUCCCCUCACGAAACGUGUGAGAUUCAGUUCAGUCCGUGAUGCGCUGAAGUUCUGGCGAGAGCGUCACCUCCGCCCGUUUUCUCGUUAGUGACGGAAACGGAGCCACAAACGAAUGCGCCUGGGUGUAAACGUCACCAGGUCGGCAGCAGAAACCGAGCUUUUAACCUGAACUGGCCAGCAGGUUUUCUCUGUCACGCCGGCUCGUCUAAACCCCAAGCCCGUGUGUUGAGUGCGCCAAGUGGCCGUAUCCGUCCCGAAGGUCACCACGGUCCUCCUGGCAGUGUUGCAAGACGUGACAAAAUGGAAAAUCGUUAGCCUCUGUAUUGCACUUCAAAUGUCCUUCUCACCCCAUCAGCGACUGCAGGGAAAAGCAGCAGCUGCUUCUCUUCGGCGAAUGCGGGUGCUCGCGCAAAAGAAACGGCCCUUCCUGGCUGCCGAGCUGGAACAGGCAGGCACGGUGGACGUGCGGGGGGAGCUUUUUGCCGGAGGUAAAAACAAAGGUGACACUGAACCGUAAGAAGCAAGUUCCCCUGUCUGAUUCCACGGGAGGUAAUUUGAGGGUUGGUUGCCAGCACUGCUUUCCGAGUUACAAAACGCCAAACACGUCUCUGGCUGUGAACGAAUCGAGCCACUGACGGGACACUGCCCAGCUGUCGCUGUUUGCUAGUAUUUAUGAUGGUGAAAUUUUCAAGGAAGAAUUUUUGUGCUGAAAUCUACCCCCAGGAGAGCAUUUUGGGAAAGGUAAAAGGCUUUUUUUGGUGAUCUGUAUUGUGACGAGAUCAGCGAACUCCACACGCUCAACGUCCCGCUUGGAACGUCGUCUUUGCCAAGCUCUUACCAGCCCACCGGUGACCGGUGCAGUCCGGCGACAUUCGCUAGUUAAGUAGAAGGCGCCUGUGAGAGGUUUUGUGCAUUUCAGAAAGAAUCAACUUCCUUUCAGACCGCGAGGCCCUGGAAUUUACGACUGCUGCCCCGCUCUGUGCUAGGGAGCUUUUCUUUGCGAUAUGACUGGUCACUUGAAUUCCCUCAGCGUGCCGCUCCGAGGCCGGGGUCUGUGCCUUUCAGAGCAGUCUCGAAACCGUUGAGAGCGACUUAGCAGGAUGGUUCGUUUCCCCACGUUGCGUGUUGUUGCGGCAGGUGACAGAUGAAGACGAGGCAAGAAUUCCUAAACCACCUGAGAAUUUGAAAACCCCAGAGAAUUUGCAUUUAUUCGCCAUCUGUUUGUCUGUGCCCGAGGGACCUCGCCCUUCUCAAGCAAAGAACCUUCUCAAGUCAAUUGACGAAGGUCUUUCAAUUUCCAGCGCUCAGAUGUCUUGGCAAAACUCAGAGCUGUGGGUCCAGGUGUGGGUCCAUGCCGGGUCAGACCAAAGGUCCGUCUAGCCCAGGAUCCUGUUCUCUGACAGUGGCCAGUGCCAGGUGCCCCAGAGGGAGUGAACAGACCAGGGAAUCAGCAAGUGAUCCAACCCGUCGCCCAUUCCCCACGCGCGGGGGUAAUGUCCGUUUAAAAACUUCGUUAAAAACCUCCUGCCGUUGUCAAUCACAGUCUUUACUUACAGGCAGCUGAAAUUUUUCUUUCUUUUUAUUUGGUCGGCCGUGCGUGACCCCCGCCUGCCUCUUGUCCUGAAAUUCUCAGCUAGGCCCCGGGGUAGAUCGAAUCGAGUAUCACUGGUGAGGCCUCGCCAGUGUCCUGCCUGGGCUGGGGCCAGUGCUGUGUGUGGUGGGGGGGCGGGGAGCCCAGCAAGUCGCCUUCAUCCCCCUUCAGAGCCUUGGGGGUCCCUGUCCCCGAAUCAGACUGUGCCCCGUUGAAAGGCUCCGGCGGGGGCGGGGGGGGGAGCAAUGAGUGGGGCGACCCCCGGUCGCGUGGCUGUGAGCUCUGGUGGGUUCGUCUGUUGUGUUCUUACGCUUAAGCUGCUGUUAUUUAUUGGGGGGGGUGGGGGGAGGACAGGAGGCUGCUGCCUUUGUGGCUUUCCUCACACUCGGCUCUUGCCUGGCCCAUCCCAGGGCGCUGGUGGGAGGAUACAAGUGCGGCUCCGUCCGAAUCCUCCUGAAGCUGGGGAGAGAUGGUUGGAUCCAACCCGGUUUAUAAUUCACACCCUGUGAAAUUUCUUCUCUUUAAAAGAAAAAGCCCCCCAAGUUCAGGCUGUGAAAAUAGGACUUGUUCAUAAAGUAUUAAUGUUUUCCA